CAACUUACUUUCAGUUUCGUAAGUUAACCUUUGCUGCUCAGUUCCAACCGGAUUCUAUUGAUGCUUGAGCUAGCUAAAUUAUCAUUGGCUCAAAAAACGACAUACACGCGCAUUAUAAAUUGAUGCGAAAAAAACGUCACCACAUUCGUUCCUUACUGCUGAAGUGGGUAACGCUGUUAGAGAGAAUCUAACACGUACUUCGGAAUUGAUGGACGUCAACAUGAAGGGUUUUAUCUUGCUGGUGCUGGGAAUAAGCCUUCUUCAUACAGCAUCUGCUGUGACUCACUCCCUGAAGUAUUUCUUCACCGCAUCUUCUGAAGUUCCCAACUUCCCAGAGUUCGUAGUUGUGGGGAUGGUGGAUGGUGUUCAGAUGUUUCACUAUGACAGCAACAGCCAGAGAGCGGUGCCCAAACAGGACUGGAUGAACAAGGCAGCAGAAACACGGCCACAGUACUGGGACAUCGAGACAGGGAUUUGCAAGGGUUCCCAGCAGUCUUACAAAGCCAACAUCGAUAUUGCAAAGCAGCGUUUUAACCAAAGUGGAGGUGUGCACAUUAACCAGAGGAUGUAUGGUUGUGAGUGGAAUGAUGAGACUGGCGCCACAGGGGGUUAUUUUCAGGAUGGAUAUGAUGGAGAGGAUUUCAUAGCAUUUGACCUGAAGACAAAGACAUGGAUCGCUCCAAAGCCACAGGCAGUCAUCACCAAACACAAGUGGGACAGUGACACAGCUUACAAUGAGCAGCAGAAAAACUACCUGACCCAGGAGUGCAUUGAGUGGCUGAAGAAGUAUCUGGACUAUGGGAAGAGCACUCUGAUGAGGACAGUCGGUCCCUCAGUGUCUCUGCUCCAGAAGACCCCCUCUUCUCCAGUGACCUGCCACGCUACAGGUUUCUACCCCAGUGGAGUCAUGGUGUUCUGGCAGAAAGAAAGACAAGAUCACCAUGAAGAUGUGGAGCAUGGAGAGACUCUCCAGAACGAUGACGGAACCUUCCAGAAAAGCACCCACCUGACAGUGACGUCUGAGGAGUGGAAGAAGACACAGUAUCAGUGUGUGGUUCAAGUCACUGGUAUUAAGGAGGACAUCAUCACGGUUCUGACUGAGUCUGAGAUCAAGACCAACUGGAAUGCCCCAGCCUCCAACUUCGUCCUCAUUGCAGUGGUGGUAGCUCUCCUGGUCAUCGUUGCUGUUGCUGUUGCUGUUGGGGUCGUCAUUUGGAAGAAGAAGAGCAAGAAAGGCUUUGUUCCGGCCAGCACUUCUGACACUGACUCUGAGAACUCUGGGAAAGGUGCCCAGAAGAUUUGAGAGACCUCUGCUCUUCUGUAACAUCAGAGAAGGAGCUGAAGAGGAACUUCUCAAGAACAUAACACAUGUAUACUUGCACACACAACACACACAACACACACACACACACACACAACACACACACACACACACAACACAGGAGGUUGGUGCCACCUUAAUUGGGUAGAAUGGGCUUGUGGUAAUUGCUUGAGUGGAAUGGUACCAAAUACAUCAACACAUGGUUUGAUCUACUCCGUUCCAGUCAUUAUUAUGAGCUGUCCUCCCCUCAGAAGCCUCCUGUGACACACACACACACUGUACACACAGAUCCAUACAUCAACAAAAAAAUCAGCUGUCAAAAAUAUUAUUUGGUGAUUUUCAUUUGAACAGUUUUACUUUCAUUUAAUCUAUGGUUUGGCUUUGUUGUAAUGUGUUGUAAUGUGUUUUUAAUUGUUAAAUGUUAUAUUGCCACUUUGUGAGGUAUAUCUCAUUCUUACAGGUAUACUAGAAUCAAUGGAACACCAUGAAAGUGUCUUUCUGGAAAGGAUUAGAUUGUUGUGAGAUGUUAAAUUAAGAUUUUAACUUAGAUUAUUCUACAAAUAAAAAAAUUAAUUAGCUUGAUUUUCUCUUAACUGAAGCCAUAAAAACAACCACAUUUAAAAGAUAUUGCUGUAAACCAGAAAAACGUCAUUAUUUUGUGUAGUGUAGCUGCACAUGUGUGUAGGUUUUAGUGGGAUAACAUACAGUAAGUGUGUGUGACAUGUUCGAACUUUGCUCACACUGUCUCGUUUAAUUGUAUGGCCAUAAACCAGACAAGGCCUAUCAUCCACAUGUUCCAUUUGUAAAUGUUUCUCUUUUAACAGAAGUGGCUUUAUUGCUCUAGUUUUUAUGAUACGUUUGAUUUCUGAUAUGUUUCGGGGGUAGUUGGUUGUGUAAAAAUAAGUUGGUGAUGGGGCAAGUUGAACAAUUAUUUUAUUGCAACUGUUUGUGCUUUGUACAUUAUGGAUGCUCUCUCUACACAGCAAUGAUCUACCAAAUAUAAUACAAGUCCAGAAAACAGCAUAGCAAAUGUGAUCCAUUUAAGAGAUACAUAAUGAAACAGCGAAACAACAAAUUAGAGACCAAAUUCAUGCGUUCUGUCAUAAUGUUCUUACACUUUCAAUAAAGUCUACAAAAUUUUAAUCAAAGUGUCAUACUGGGCCUUUUAAUAAUGUUUGCAGUAAGAUAUGUUUUAAACCGCAAAGGAUUUGAAGUGAAACGAUAUCAUUUUGUAUAUAGGCUAAAGAAGAAGUCGUAUAUAUUUUGAUGAUCUGUAUGAAAUAUGAUGGGGUGGCAGGUAGGCUAGUGAGUGUUGGGCCACUAGCUGACUAGGUCAAAAUCUGUCUGUUCCCUUGAGCAUGACACUUAACCCUUAUUGCUCCUGUAAAUUGCUUUGGGUAACAGCGUCUGAUGACUAAAAUGUCAAAAAUAAAUGUUUGAAUAAAAUACUUCUUAAAAAAGGG